CGGAAAAUCCAAAAUAUAAAAAGAAAACCAAAAAGCAGUUAGCCGAAGAAUUAAAGCCAAAAUCCACGAUUAUCAAUUUAGAAAAGUUUAGAACAAAGGAACAGGAACCGAUGAUUAUGUAUUUUGAACCAUACGGACUGCCAGUUUAUAAUUUGGCAGGCAAAAAAAACGGAUUAGAAGCAUGA